AUGACGGAGGCAGCUGUGACUACGGCCGGCGAAGGGAGGACCCCGAGCAAUGGGGCAUCUGACGGCAUGACUCGUUCCACUUCGACAGAUGACAAUCCCGUCGCAACCAAAGAUAUGGUUAUGAAAAACAGCCAGACAACCUCAACGCCUGCAGACGGAGCUGCGGCACCUGCAAGUGCCAGCCCCAAAAAACGGCGCAAGGUGAAUCAUGGUGAGCUAUUAACUGUUUCUCAUCUUCUCCUACGCAAUGCUCUGGAGGGAUCGGCACAAUGGAAUGUGACAUACACACCCUGA